AUGUUUAGUAUUAUUAUUUUUUUAUUUAUUACUAUUAAUUGUAUUCAUUCACAAACUAAACUUACAUUACCAACAUUACCUUAUGCAUAUAAUGCACUUGAACCAAUUUUCUCUGAACAUUUAAUGUAUUUACAUUAUGAUCAACAUUUUCGAACAUAUACAAAUAAAACUAAUGUUAUUCUUAAAGCAAUAUUUACUGAUAUACAAAUUGAUAAUAGAUUAAAAGAAAUAGUUAAACAACCUAUUGAAUUAAUUUUAACAAAAUUAAAAAAUUUACCAGAACAAUAUCAAUUACCUUUACGAUAUAAUGGUGGUGGUUAUAUUAAUCAUAAAAUUUUUUUUUCUAUAUUAAAAACACCAACAUCUAUAGUUAAUGAAAAUAAACCAAUAGGUCCAUUACUUCAAGCUAUUGAAAAAAGUUUUAAUUCAUUUGAUAAAUUCAAAGAAUUAUUUAGUCAAAUAUCAAAUGAAUUUUUUGGUUCAGGAUGGAUUUGGCUUUAUAUUGAUGCAAAAACAAAACGUCUUGUUCUUAAUUAUACAAUUAAUCAAGAUAAUCCAAUUAUGUAUGAUAAAAAUCAUGUUAUUUUAUUAUGUAUUGAUCUAUGGGAACAUGCUUAUUAUCCUGUUUAUGAAAAUCGUCGUAGUGAAUAUAUUGAAAAUUUUUGGCGCAUUAUUAAUUGGCCUUUUAUUAAUCAAUUGUAUAUUGAAGGUCAAACUAAACGAAGUGAUCUUUAA